GAUGACUCUGGUCUAGGCCCAAGUGUCGCCUUGACCCCGGCCUUCGCCCACGUGGUGGCCCAAGGCCUGUUGCUUUCUCUUCUGGCCGGUUUAUUAAUCGCUUUAUAUUUGAAUGCAUCUCCACGCUGGGGACCUGUUCAUGACAAAUAAAUAGUCACAGAGGCGAUCUAUAUUUUUGUCUCUUGGUGGAUACUACUUACCCCCCAGCCAUGGCUCAGCUCCAGGUCCGGUUCUUUACUGACAACAAGAAGUACACGGUAGACGAUGUUCCCUUCUCUGUCCCCGCGACCUCCGAGAUCACCGACCUUAGUAAUAUUAUCAAUAAACUGCUGGAAGCCAAAAAUGGUGCCCACAAGCAUGUGGAGUUUGAUUUUCUUAUCCAAGGUCAGUUCCUGCGGAUGGCACUGGUCAAGCAUAUGGAACUAGAGAAUGUUUCAACGGAAGAUGUGGUGGAGAUAGAGUACGUGGAGAAGUAUACAGCGCCUCAGCCCGAAGAGUGUAUGCUCCAUGAUGACUGGAUCAGUUCAAUUGAAGCGACAGAAGAAUGGAUCUUGACCGGCUGUUACGAUAAGACGGCUCGGAUAUGGUCCUUGGAAGGAAAGUCCAUUAUGACAAUUGCUGGACAUUCAGAAGUGGUGAAAGACGUGGCCUGGGUGAAAAAGGAUGGUCUGUCUUGCCUGCUCGUCACUGCCUCCAUGGAUCAGACGAUCGUGCUGUGGGAGUGGAAUGCGGAAAGAAACAAAGUAAAAGCUCUACAUUGCUGCAGGGGCCAUGCCGGGAGUGUGGAUUCCGUAGCCGUCGAUAGCACAGGAAGUAAAUUUUGCAGUGGCUCUUGGGAUAAGAUGUUAAAGAUCUGGUCUGCAGUUCCUACGGAUGAAGAAGAUGAAAUGGAAGAAGGAACAAACCGACCUAGAAAGAAACAGAAAACGGAGCAGUUGGGACUAACAAGGACUCCCAUAGUGACCCUAUCAGGCCAUAACGAGGCCAUUUCCUCAGUGCUGUGGUCAGAUGCUGAAGAAAUCUGUAGUGCCUCAUGGGACCACACAAUCAAGGUGUGGGAUGCAGAGUCAGGAGGUCUCAAGUCAACUUUGACUGGAAACAAAGUGUUUAACUGUAUCUCCUACUCUCCACUUUGUAAACGUUUAGCAUCUGGGAGCACUGAUAGACACAUCCGGCUGUGGGAUCCCCGCACUAAAGAUGGUUCUUUGGUGUUACUCUCUCUAACCUCUCACACUGGUUGGGUCACUUCGGUGAAAUGGUCUCCCACACAUGAACAACAGCUGAUCUCAGGUUCCCUGGACAACAUUGUCAAGCUCUGGGAUACCAGGAGUUGCAAAGCACCUCUCUAUGAUUUGGCUGCUCAUGAAGACAAAGUUUUUAGCGUGGACUGGACAGAAACAGGGUUGCUGUUAAGCGGGGGAGCAGACAACAAGCUAUAUUCCUACAGAUAUUCAGCAACUACAUCUGAUGUUGGAGCGUGAAAGAGGAUGGCAGUGAGGAUUUAGAGUGUACAGCCUAAGGGAAAUACUUAAGCAGAACAGUCAACUACCCAGGUCAAACUUUCAGAAGGCAGCCUUCUACAAACAGUAUCCUUUGUACCUGGCUGUCGGCUGAGUGCGCUGACAUUUUUAUUUCGUCCCUUUAAUUUUGGGGUAUUUAUAGUAUAAUAAUCUAUGACAAACAAUAAAUGAAAGAUGGCCAGAUUCUCCCACUGCAUUGAAUAGCAACUACAUUAAAACUGCUGGGUUUUUUUUCCCCCCAGAAACUUUGUUUUGAAAUCAGACCUAUUUGGGAAGGAUGGUUAAGAGAAGUCCCGGUUGUUUCUGAGAGCUUUUUUUUGGUUUAUAUUUACAUUAUCAUUCUUCCUAGGUGGCUCUCGUGUAAAGUCGACGCUCCUCUUGCUGAGCAAAACGGAGUUAAAUUGCUUUACAGAGAUGCUUUGUGCAUCAGAGUGAUUUUAUCCAUUUGACUUAAGUGGUGCCUUCCUGUGCCCAUAAAUUUGAUUAAUCUUUUUUCAGUUAGCAAGUGAGAUAUGGUGCAGGAACAGCAGACCAUAACCACUUUAAUAGGAAUGUUUUAAAAUGAGUCUAGAUCUUUUAGUACAUAAUGCAAUACCUUUCAGCCAGUAAUUAAUGGCAACGUCAGGACCUAGACCCAAGGGUUAUUUUAUGCUGAAAUACGGAACCUACCAUCCUACUGCCCAACUACAGUCAAAAUAAAACCUUGUUGUUCAUUUAGCAUUCUCUUUGGCCCAAUUCAGGUGUACAGUUUCACAGUCAUCCUCUAUUUUGGGGUCACAUCAUCAGUAGUAAUGGAAAGAGUCUGUGGGAUUAAGGUUCCCUGAUUAUCAUUGUUAAUUAUGCAGUUGAGGUAUAUCAACACAGCUAAAUGCAUUCACCUUCUGAGCACUGAACAUAUAAUCUUGUGCACAAAUACCUGCAAAGUUCCUGUUUCUUUUUAAUGGGGUUAUUAUUCAUUAAGAUUUGAGGCAAUGCUUAGCACAACUGGUUAUCCCACAGUGGUAACAUGUAGAGCUAGUCCUCAAGCAGUAUUCCCAUUUCUUCUGCUCUGGAAACCUUGGUGUUGCUGGAAAUCUGGAGAGCCACACCAUCUUGGAUUCUGCUAAACAUCUAUCUCGAUCUCAACCUGGGGGUCCCAACCUCCUUAUUUUAGGCUUGAAGCCUAAACUAUGUAGAUUCUUAUCUGCUUUAUAUAAGAGGAAUAAUCCACUUUUGAGAGCUAUUUAUUUUUACAUUUUCUAAUGUACAAUUUAUAUGUCAAGUCAAAGUGAGUUCAUUGAGCAAUAAAUGGAAUCUGGGUUUUGGUCACCCAGAAACGUUUUAUGUAGUCAACAAUUGUAACUUUAGGUAAGUUGUCUUCAGUAAUUCACACAGAGAAUUAAAAAUGCUUAUACCUUGUUCAGUGCUUCAUAUAAUGUAAAUAAGAGAUUCCUAGAUUCUUUAAGAUGAGAACUGGAUUGGCUGUUAUAAUUCCUAUGCUGACAGGAAUGUUGGAUGAAUAAACAACCUUAGUUCUUGUCACUGAA